UGUCAGAUGAACGUCCACAAGCGGUGUGAAAAGUAUGUUCCCCGCCUUUGUGGCAUCGAUCAUACAGAAAGGCUCGGUCGAAUUUAUCUGAAGGUGAAUUAUAAGGAUAUGACACUUUUCGUGCACGUAAAGGAAGCAAAAAACCUCGUCCCCAUGGAUCCUAAUGGCUUAGCCGACCCCUAUGUGAAGCUGAAGUUGACCGGUGACAAUGAGAAAUCGCGGAAACUCAAAACAAAAGUCAUUAAAGCGUCUUUGAAUCCGGAGUGGAAUGAAACAUUCACUAUUGACGUGAAUGCAGAGGACGAGUCAAAACGCCUCAUGAUUGAGAUGUGGGAUUGGGAUCGAGCAUCCCGAGACGACUUUAUGGGAGCCCUGUCGUUCGGCGUUUCUGAAAUUAUCAAACGACCCGUAGACUGCUGGUUCAGGCUACUCAGCCGAGAGGAGGGCGAAUUCUACUCGAUUCCCUGUUCAGAAGAAACCUCCAACCUCUUCAGCUCCUAUGAUUCGAAGUGUAUGACCUCCCCUAAUGACUGGAGUGGACAUAAUCUGGAGGAAAUUCGAAUUCAGAGCAAGCAGGACACACUGCGCAUUUCAGACUUCAAAUUUCUCCGGAUUCUCGGAAGGGGCAGUUUUGGAAAAGUAAGUAAAAAUGCAAGAGAAAAAGAAUAUUAA